AUGCCCAAAGGUAAACCAAAGAAGGAUAAUCCCGCGCUGUAUGGGGGCUCGCCAGAGCCUUCAGAACCCAGCACAACCCGUUAUGCUGCUGUACAUAGGCGGGGCGGCACACAUAAAGUACGCGACGAGCACAAGACUGACUCCAAAUACGAUAACUACAACUACAAGGAGCUUGUCGAUCAAGCAAAGGAGCGCGGCAUCUAUCGCAAGGAUAUGAAAAAGGUUGAGAUGGCAUGGGCUCUGAAACACGAUGGUGAAGAAGAAAGACGUGCGGAGCAAGAUGCCGUGCUCGCACUCCAGCGAAAGAGACAAGAGGCGAAAGAAGAGGAGGAAAGAAGAGCCGCACACAAACAAAGACAGAUUGAAGAAAAGCACGAGAGGAGGAUUGAAAAGGAAAGAAGGAGACAACGCGACGAAAGCGUCAGCGACGACACGCUAAGCGACGCCGACAUCGAAGCCCAAGAAACAAGUCGAAACGAGUACGCGCGCGAGCAAUUCGGCCACGCCCUCAGCGACGAAUCCUGGAACUCGACAUCGACAGAAUCAAGUCCCGAACCCCCCAUGGACCGCGACACCAAACCAGACUGCCGCCUCCGCCUCUUCGAAUGGCCACACGAGCAACUACCAGAUACCCACCCACCACGCUUCUUCUCCUUCUCCGAGCCCAAACCACGGGCCAUACCCUACGCACCCCUCCGACUCACCACCACCUCGAGUAAGCAGAAACUCGUCCUGCUAGGCUCCAAAUACCCGACUGGCGUCGAUCCAGACUUUUGUCCAUUGCUCUCCCCAUGCACACGGUCCGCAGCACGCAACGGCCAUUUAAUCGGCACGCUCCGGCACGCCGUUGUAGAAAGCGGUGUGGACUGGGCUCAGCGCACGUUGGUGCAGGGUUGGAAUGCACACAUGUAUUUUCACUUGGGCCCUCGUCACCACAACGAGAGUAAGCCAGGGCUGGCGGAUACGUAUCGGAAAUGGGGGCUGGAGAAGAGGAAGGUGUUGCAGGUUAAAGGUAAAGGGGAGGCGAGGAAAGAGGAGAGAGCGGCGAGGCAUGUGCAGAGGAGGAGGAAUAGGACGAGGUUGGUGCAGGAGGUUUAUGAGAGUUCGUUGUGGAGGCUUGGGGGUAUGGGGUAUGUGGCUGCUUAUCUGGACUACCACUGGGGGGAUGGUGGUGGCGGGGAGGGGAGGGGCACUGGACGGUUUGGUGGUGGUGGAAGAAGAGCAUGGGAGAAGGAGGAGGAAAGGGUGUUGGAGAAUUUGUUCUUUGUGAGGUUUCUUGGAUGCGAUGUUCCGCAUUAUUAUUUCUGGUCGAGAGAGGGGGAGUGGGGGGAUCCGUGUUUCCCCAAUCCGGCUUGGGAAGCAGCUGGACAGUUGGAUGAAGACGAGCAAGACGCUGUGGAGAUAGGGGGGGAUACAAAAGGUGGGAAGAGGAGAUAUCGACUUGGUUCGAAGAAUCGCGUUGAGUCUCUCAGUUCAACUAAGACACGAUUGAUACGCGUACGCCGCCCGUCCUCUGCACUAUCCUUCACAACUGCAUCAUCACCUUCCUCCCCAUCCUCCCCUGUCAGCAUCGCCAGCGCGAUAACGCGCGCCGAAUACCAUUUGCAUACCCACGGCCUCACCUCUACACUCUCCGCCUACCGCGCCAGAUGGCUCGCUAAAGGUAAAACGACUCAUUGGAAGACUUUCGCUGCAAACCUGCCCACGUUGUGGCCGAGCGGUAACAUACCCGAUGUGCCCCCUGUGGAAAACAGACCUGGAGCCUGCCUAGCGCUGAAGAUUGCGGCGAUUGAUAUAUCGGGCCUGGGAGAAAAGACGAUAUGUAGUCCGUUGAUGGGUGGGGAGGCGUGGACGGGGAAUGAUGAUAAGCUUUGGGAGGUUGUGGAGGUUGUGGAGGGUGACGAGGAUCGUGAAGAUGACGACGACGAGACUGGUGACGAGAGUGACGAUUUUGGUGGGGACGACGUAGACGAAGAGGAGGCAGACGGUGAACUUGAGGAGAUUGGUUACGGGAACGAUGACGAAGCGUUGUAUCGACGUGGUAGCAUGGUCUUUGCACACGACAACAUGUACGCCGAUCCGGUCAUAGCGUGGUUGGAGAAGGUCAGUCCGACGUUCGCUCCAUCGACCACGCUGAUGAGUGCACCGAAAGCUCCGGGGGUGGAGAUGGAGCUGAAGAAUUGGGAGGCGAGAUACCUAAAAAAUCAUGCAAACGCAGAAAAUGAUGUAUCUCCACUUUUGUAG